AUGGGCAGCUUUCAGCCAGACAAGGCCUUGCAGGAGAUUAACCAUCGCGAGCCUUCCACUGUGUUGCAGAACCAUCGCGAGCCUUCCACUGUGUUGCAGAACCAUCGCGAGCCUUCCACUGUGUUGCAGAACCAUCGCAAGCCUUUCACUGUGUUGCAGAACCAUCGCGAGCCUUCCACCGUGUUGCAGAACCAUCGCGAGCCUUCCACCGUGUUGCAGAACCAUCGAGAGCCUUCCACCGUGUUGCAGAACCAUCGAGAGCCUUCCACCGUGUUGCAGAACCAUCGAGAGCCUCCUUCUACCGUGUUGCAGAACCAUCGCGAGCCUUCCACCGUGUUGCAGAACCAUCGCGAGCCUUCCACUGUGUUGCAGAACCAUCACCAGCCUUCCACUGUGUUGCAGAACCAUCGAGAGCCUUCCACCGUGUUGCAGAACCAUCGCCAGCCUUCCACCGUGUUGCAGAACCAUCGCCAGCCUUCCACCCGUGUUGCAGAACCAUCGCCAGCCUUUCACUGUGUUGCAGAACCAUCACCAGCCUUCCACUGUGUUGCAGAACCAUCGAGAGCCUUCCACCGUGUUGCAGAACCAUCACCAGCCUUCCACUGUGUUGCAGAACCAUCGAGAGCCUUCCACCGUGUUGCAGAACCAGCGCGAGCCUUCCAGCGGACUAUUGUACAGACAAGCCAUGCUGCUCUGGGACCCAGGUUUUGAAGGGGCGGGGCUUGACUCUACGCCCCCACACCUCUCUUUAGUGGGAGGGGCUCAGAUGUUGACACCCACUACUAUCAUUGUAUAAUAAUUAUAGAUAGCCUAUAUGGGAGGUGUAGGUGGGUUGUCUCUGCAUGUAUGUGUGCAGCCAUGGAUACAUUAAAGAUAAGUAUGGAAAGAUAAGUAUGGAUGUUGUGUGGUUUGAGAUCCCUGUGUAGAUUGUGUGUGAGGAACCAGUCUUUCAUGCUCUGUGCAGGUUGAUUGUGUGUGAGGAGCCACUGUAACAGCAUACACACAGAUAAGUAGCUGUGUUGUGUGGCAAGUCUCGUGCUCUCUGUGUAGGUUAAUGUGUGUGGAGGAGCCACUGUAACAGCUUCACACAGAUAAGUAGCUAGCUAUGUUGUGUGGCAAGUCUUUCAUGCUCUCUGUGCAGGUUGAUUGCGUGUGAGGAGCCACUGUAACAGCAUACACACGAUGAGUAGCUAGCUAUGUUGUGUGGCAAGUCUUUCAUGCUCUCUGUGCAGGUUGAUUGCGUGUGGAGGAGCCACUGUAACGGCAUACACACAGAUGAGUAGCUAGCUAUGUUGUGUGGCAAGUCUUUCAUGCUCUGUGCAGGUUGAUUGUGUGUGGAGGAGCCACUGUAACAGCAUACACACAGAUGAGUAGCUAGCUAGCUAUGUUGUGUGACAAGUCUUUACGAUUCCUAUACUUCAGGUUGAUUGCUUGGGGAUGGCAGUAACCAACACUACAAGCAGCUGAACUCUUAUUCUGAUUGGCUGCUGCAAACAAUAAUUGUUGUAGUUAGUUGUUCCUUGGCUUAUUAUUUAUAUAAUUUAUUAUGUAUUUUGUGACACAGUUAUUAAUAGUUCAAAAUAAA